CUGAAACUCAGACAGUGACAGUCGUAACAUUGCGUCCGACAAACGCCUUACUGAUCUGGAUAAAAAGUCUUUUUUUGAAAAUGCAAGUUAUGGACCCGAUAACGAAGUGGUCGCCGAAACAAGUUGUCGACUGGAUGACAGGCCUGGACGACAGCCUCCAGCAGUACGUGCUGAGCUUUGAGCGAGAGAAGAUAAAUGGGGAACAGCUGCUGAAGAUCUCGCACCAGGACCUGGACGAGCUGGGCGUGGCCAAGAUCGGACACCAGGAGCUCGUUCUGGAGGCUGUGGACCUGCUCUGCGCUCUGAACUACGGGCUGGAGACGGACAACCUGAGGGCCCUGGUGGCGCAGAUGCGGGCGGCCUCUGGCAGCCUGCAGGCCUACAUGCUGGACCGCAGGAAGAGCCCCUCGUACGAUGGAGAAACCUCGCGCAAGCCCCCCAAUGAGUUCCUCACCUCGGUGGUAGAGCUCAUCGGCGCGGCCAAGAGCCUGCUGGCCUGGCUGGACAGGACACCAUUGACCGGGAUCAGCGACUUCACAGCAACCAAAAACAAGAUCAUUCAGCUGUGCCUGGAGCUCACCACCACCGUUCAACAGGAUUGCACUGUUUACCAGAUGGAAGAAAAGAUCCUGGAAGUUUCAAAGGUUCUGAACAGCAUCUGUGACCAGACCGUGAGGACCACCUCAGAUCCACUGUCCAGCCAGUCCACCUGCCUGGAGGAGGUGCGGCUCUCCAACAUCAAGCCAGGAGAGGGACUGGGAAUGUACAUCAAAUCCACCUACGAUGGGUUACAUGUCAUCACUGGUACCACAGAAAACUCUCCCGCUGAUAGAACCUGCAGGAUCCACGCAGGAGACGAGGUGAUCCAGGUCAACCACCAGACCGUGGUGGGCUGGCAGUUGAAGAACCUGGUGGGAAAGCUGAGGGAGGAGCCAGGGAGUGUGGUUCUGAUGCUGAAGAAGAGGCCCUCAGUGACCUCCAGCCUCACCCCCGCCCCCCUCAAGAACAUGCGCUGGAAGCCCCCUCUUGUGCAGAGUGCCCUGUCUCUGACUAAGUCCCAGCCUCCGAAAAGCACGGAAGUGACUCCCGUGAAGAAGGAGAAGCCAGCCAUCCUGGACCUGUACAUUCCCCCUCCGCCCUCUGUUCCCUACACCCCGCGUGAGGGGAAGAAUGGCUCGUAUGCGAGAAGCAGCAAGAGGCCAAAGGGCUCGGAAUCCCCCAACUCCUUUCUGGACCUCGAGAGCCGACGGCGCUUCACCAUCACGGACUACAGCAAGCUGGGCAUCUAUCCCAUAGAGAGCGGCAUGCCCAAGGCCCGCAUGAGGGAGAGGACCUCGUCACACGGAAGACCCCGUCCUCUCUCCAUGCCAGUGGACACCUGUCUCGGAGUAACAGACCCCUUCUCCAGGCCCUGGACGCAAAGCCGAAAAGGUAAGGAUUUGUACAGGCACCUGAGCAACGAGCGAAUCCCCGCCAUCGCCGAGGAAUGCCCACCCGUUCCCCUGCGUCAUCGCCCCACUGGCGAGCGGCACCUGGUCCAAGGGGUGGACCACAUACGGGGCAGCCACCUCUUUGUCCACGCCGACGUGCACAACAGCGCCACCAUACCCUACCAGGAGGACUCCCCCAAGAAGGCGCCCGCCCCCGCCCCCGCCCCUGCCACCUCCAAGUCUCCCUCGCUACUGGAGUCAGACUGGCCACCCAGCAGCACAUUUAUCAGCAGAUACAGCUACCCUGCUGUCAGAUCCUGGUCUUUCUCCCAAGCGGCCUCUUUCCCUCUCUCCCGUGUGCCCCUCAUGGCGGCUGACAGCUAUAACCCUGUCUCCUUGCGACAGAAGUCCAAGAAGAAGGCUCGAGGCAAUGCGACCAUGAGUCGGAGGCGGAUUUCGGUCAAGGAGCUGGGACAGGUCGACCAUGAGGGCUGGCUCUACCGGAAGCGGGAGGACAAGGGCUUCCUGGGCAUGAAGUGGAAGAAGUACUGGUUUGUGCUGAAGAAGACCUCGCUCUACUGGUACGCCAACCAGACGGCUGACAAGGCUGAGGGAUACAUAAACCUAACAGAUUUCAUGAUUGACCGGGCAAUCGAGUGCAAGAAAAAAUAUGCCAUUAAAGCUUGCCACCCUCAGGUGAUGAUAUUUUACUUUGCGGCGGAGAGCAGCGAAGAGAUGAACAAGUGGUUGAAUAAGCUUGGCCUGGCUUCCAUCCUGUAUGAGCCAACAGAGAACACUGGGGACUGUUACAGUGAAGGGAGUGAUCACGAGGAGGCCGAGUCUACGGAUGCACCCCCUCCCCCAUACUCAGAGCCGAUGACCACAGAGGGGAACGAUGCUCAGGGGAGCCUCCCGCCACCUUACUCCUCGGCCCCACCCAGUGAGGCAGCUGACUCCACCUCCUCACCAGUUAGCACUAUGACAUCACAGAGCUCCAGAUCCUCAUUGGCCAAGCCCCAGCCAUCCCAGCCGGACACAGCCUCACAGCCCGCAGCUGGGGAGCCCCUGGUUUGCUCUGCACAAGUCCACUCUCAGCUGCUCACUGCCACCAAAGAUAACAGGAAAUCCCACCAAUAUGAGGAUGGCUCCCUUCCCCAGAAUCCCCCUGUAGAAGUUUUCUGCAAUGACGUCCAAGCAGGCCAGGAGGAGUCCACGCCGUCAGAAGGCAGGGAAAGGAAGUCUAAAACAACUUCUGAUGAAAUGGAAGAGAUGUACAUACACCUGAAAGAAGCCAGCCUGUCUCCAACUGGUCAGCGCAAGCCAUCAACCAAAAGGGACUUCAGACAGUCGUUUAUCAGGCGCUGCAAAAAUCAUAACAUCAAUGAGAAGCUGCACCUUGUUCGGACACUGAACAGCACGCUAAAGGCUAAAGAGGCGGACCUGGCGACCAUCGAGCAGCUGCUAGCCGACCCUGCUGUGACCGCGGCCAAGUACAGGGAGUGGAAGGAGGCCAACCUGCUGCUGCACCAGGAGAUCUGCCAGAGACAGGACCUCGGGCGGGACGGGGACAACGAGGAGCGCCCUGCCUCUGUGGCCAGCUCCAGUACCUUUUUGGAGACGAGCGUAUGAGCACUGCCCAGCAAAGAACGCAGGAGACCCUUACCAAUCGCACAGGAUCUACCCUUGAGAUCCUUGCGCAUGAAGAAUUCCAGAUACUGUACUGACUGAUAAAGGACUUACGGGCAAACUGGGAUCUGCAAGGGUGUAGUAAACAAAUGAUUAACAUCCGUAUUUUUACAUAAACAUAGACACCUGUGACAUACUGGAAGAACAUGGGUGUUGAAGUUGCACUCUAGGCUCUGGGAAGAGAGAGAAGACAGGAUCGGAGAGUGCUGUCUGGUGAAAUAUAUGAAACCUGGAACAGCAAAACAACAAAUGAUGAGGGCUUUGUGCACGGCUCACAACCCCAUCAUACCCGCAGGAUCAAGCACUGCACACACUGACCACUGUUUUUAAAAGUUUUGUUUUUUGAGCAGUGAGGGGUAUUUAACUGCACUUGCGUUGCUUGGAUGUGCAUGAUUUUAGUUGCAGACACGUCAGGAGUUACUUACUGGGGUAGUUUCAAACACAAGCUGGGAGGACUGAGAGAACACUGUCAUCACACCUCUCUUGUGUUUAGGAAGUAGGCUGACCUUUUCAUGUCUAUGGUGUUUGCUUUCCCACGGGUUUGUAACAGAUUGGGAUCUUGGUUGGUUCUGUGGUGUUCGUAUGUUUUAUUCCUUGGUGCUGUUUCUGAGAAAUGGAAAGCAUGGAAGCAUGCAUCCUUAAUAAGAAGUAAUCAUAGUGUUUUGCAGAACUCAUUGUAAAGUUUCAUAGUGUUUUCUCAUUGUAAACUUGGGUGCACAGAAUCUUAAAUUUGUAACAACAGAAAUUGUCAUUAUUAUAAUAACACCAAUAGCAGUUUGUAUUUAUAUAGCACCUUUCAUUGGUGAUUGCAUUUCAACCACCGCCAAUGUGCACCCAACAGAAUGCUCACUGCACAUCAGGUGAGGUACAGAGGGAGGGAUUUCUUUAUCCAGUUAAAAGGGAUCCCUCUGCUGGCUCAACCGUAGCACUUCAACCUGUUUUCCUGGGUGGUCUCUGUUCCAAGUACAGUACCAGCCAAGCCCCGCCCACGCACCCCCCCAUCCCCUGCCGUAGCUUCAGACAUCAGACAGGACAGUUACCGGGUGGUGUUGAAGACAGACUGAGUUCAGAUAAAUGUUGAAAAAGUCAAACUGGUUGUCAUAACAACGAUGAGUUUAUCUGUAUUCAAACGUCACUGGAGUUUUUCCCUACGAUGUGAAAGUUAACCAAAAGGGUUCAGGUAUGAAGUGACUAAACUUGAAAGUGAUCAAAGUCCCAUUUUGGUUUGAGGGCUUUGACAUGCCUUAAUGCUGGCAAAUUCAUUUUAAAAUAAGACAGAAUUUAAAUAUUGUCAAUAAACAUUGUCCGUUGCACGCAUGCUGUUUUAGAACAUGCAUCACUGUUUUUUUUGUUGUUGUUGUUUUUACCUUGUGAAAAGUAC